AAAAAGUUUAUUUUAUCUCAGCAUUGUCCGGUUAGCUACAAGAGGCAUCCAAAAAUGUUUUGUCAAAAAACAAAACUGAAUCUUCCCUUUUUUGCUCGUCUUCUAAACCAAUCCAUUAAGGUAUUGCAUCCGUCAUCAAAAGAACAUCUAUCAAUCCAUCCAUCCAUUCAUCUUGACUUAUUCGCUUACUUGAAUUUUUGAAAACAAAUAGUAUGUCUGAUCACGAAGAAGUUAUUAACACUGAAGAAGUCGUUGAAGUUGCUGCUGAAACCACCAGUUCUGGUCAAAUGUCCGUUGAAGACGCUCUUCAAGAAGUUCUUCGUCGUGCUUUAGUUCACGAUGGUCUUGCUCGUGGUUUAAAGGAAGCCGUUAAGGCUUUGGAUAGACGUCAAGCUCACUUAGCCGUUCUCUGCGAAUCUGUCACUGAACCUGAAUAUCCCAAGCUUGUUGAAGCCCUUUGUGCUGAGCACAACAUUAACUUGAUUAAGGUCUCUGAUGCCAAGAAGCUUGGUGAAUGGGCUGGUCUCUGUAAGAUCGACCGUGACGGUAACGCCCGUAAGGUCGUCGGUUGCUCUUGUGUUGCCGUUACUGACUUUGGAGAAGAAUCCGAAGCCAUGAACGUCCUUUUGGAUUACUUCAAAAGCCGUUAAAAACCUUAUUAUUGCUCACUAGAAUUUGUUCUUGAAUAAAUACAGUUCACAUCUAUAGUUUAUUUGUCUUUUUAUUAUUUAUUGUAUAUACAUCUUUGUCAGUUUGUUUGCGAAAGCUAAUAAACCAGUAUAGCCUCAAAAUUUGGCUUUUGAUCUGUUAUCCGUUCCUAAAUCGCGUUAGUUUUUCACUUAGAAUUACUGAAUACGUUAGCAAGUUGAAAGCCGGGACAUAGUUUGCAUUAAUCAAAUAAAUGUCUAGCGUUGUUUUUGUCAUCGGACCUUUUUUGCUUAUCUAUUGCUUCAAAUACCUUCAUAAAACAAAGAUCUGAUCGCAAAUGACACAUGAAUUAUGUUGGCAUAAGUGAAGUAUAAGUCAGACUCCGUAAUUUUUUUGGUUGAAACAGUGUAGCUUUCC